AUGACUCAUAAUAAGCAAUUAUUUAACAUAAAAAUUCGAGCUAACACGAGCAACAAAGGAUUAGGAAAGACAACACUUGAAGCACCAGGCUCAUGGCCGAUCAUUGGUCACCUCUAUCUUUUAUCUGGUUCUCAAGUUCCUCACAAACUCUUAGGCUCUAUGGCCCACAAUUUUGGAAUAAUAUUCACCAUCAAACUUGGGGUUAAUCGAGUCCUAGUUGUGAGCAAUUCAGAGAUGGAUAAAGAGUGCUUAACCACAAAUGACAGAGUCUUUGCAACCAGACCAAAGUCCAUGGAAAGUGAAUUGAUGACAAAACAUUUGAACAACAAGUCCUAG